AGGGUUUCUCAUUCACCGUCGACGCUUAGUUGAGAUUUGAGAGUGAGAGAGAGAGAACAAUGGAUUCAUACUCGUCGCCGCAGAUGGGAGGUGCUUCGCCCUCGCCCGAAGCAUUGAUGGAACAGGUCAAGACACAACUCGCUCAAGCUUAUGCCGAAGAGUUAAUCGAGACUCUGAGAACGAAAUGUUUCGACAAGUGCAUAUCGAAGCCAGGAUCAAGCUUAGGUGGGAGUGAGAGUAGCUGUGUUUCGAGAUGCGUUGAUCGAUACAUGGAAGCUACUGGAAUCAUAAGUAGAUCUCUCUUCUCCCAACAACGUUGAUCAAUCAUCAUCACUUGCCUUUUUAUUGAGUUUGGUGGGUUUUUAAGUAUAAAAACUUGUUAUUCAGAAUAGAAAUCAAGAAUUACAUUGGUUCAAAGUUGGAAGAUUUGCAACUGUCAACUUGUUAUUCGAGAAUGGUUCAAGUUUUAUAUGUUGUUAAAGUGGUUCAAACAUGUUUUUCAAUCAUAUUGUUUCAGUCAAGUUUUA